UUAUCAACUACACUCGCAGCUCCCUCGUACAUCAUUCGCGAGCUGCAUCGGCAGCUCACAGUCACCACGUCUUCCUCAAAGAAGAGAAGAAUUUCCCCCCGCCACGCAUACCCCGCCGAAUCACCUAGCGCUUCGUCUCCGGACAGAGCUCUGCCCUCUUGCGAAGCCGACGACGAACCCGCCUUAUCGUUCACCGAAUCUCGGUCUUUUCCCGACAUAGACUCACACCCUGCUUCCAGUCUGCCCCCACGCCUGCAGACGACCCAAUACAUCUCUCACAUCUCGGCCGAAUACGCGGAGAGCACGGCCUCCACUCCGACGGGCGUUGCGGAGCUUUAUAUUGAUAGCGAUCGAGGAGGAGAUCUUUCGGGUCCUGAGACUGGCACUGUGCUGUCCGUGUCCGACAGGUACCCAGCCAGGAGCCAGUCGCCCCUGAACAUCCCUCGCCACGUCAUCAUGACGGGCGAUGCCGACCUACCUCAACGAUCCUCCUCCCCUUUGAAAAGACGCGCUUCCAGCAUGGAACCGGGGCAUGAUACCGUGAUGAACGGAACUGAAAAGCCCUCGUUUUCGGCCUCCAACCUCAAUCCCGACGGACGCACGAACGCCGAGGAGGAAGUCGCCGUGUCCCCAGCACAGAGAACGCAUUACCCCAGGGCCAUGAGCGUGGACCUCCCCGAACCUACUACGGCGGCUAGCAGGGACAGGACGACAGAGCCCCCACCACUAGCUGAACAAAUCAAGACCAUCCAGACCCUUCUUCAAACUUUCAGCGAGUGUCUUCCCAAAGUCGGCGACGUUGCAUACGCAGUUUCCAAAUCUUGGGUAAACAGGGCUCUUGCCUUCGGAGGCGACCCGAAAUAUGCAAGGAAAGAGUUUCUCGGCCAACCCCUGGGACCCGUCGACAACUCAGACAUCGUCCAAAGCAUUUUGUCACUCGAAGAUGGCUUGCAGUUUGUACAGCUCAAGCCAGGCGUGGGCAUGGAGGACUUGGAGCUCUUCCCCGAAGAUGCCUGGAUCUUGCUCAUAGAAUGGUAUGGUCUGAAGGAAGGUCAGGCUCCAAUCAAGCGCUACGCAGUCAACACCGCCCCUGAUGCUGCUAGCCCUGAUAACAUCGUCUUUGAGCUUAACCCGCCUGUGUUUACCGUCCAUCGAUUAUGGUCCAGCACGAAUGACAUACCCCUGGAAACCCAGUUGCAGGACACUCUGCCAGCCGUGCUCGUCAGGAGUGUCACGACACCCUACAACGAGUUCUUCAAGGACCUCAAGAGGAAAACGCGUAUCCCUAUGCAGCGCAAGAUGAGGGUGUUUUCUAUCAUGCCUCAGCCUCGCCCUGCCGCAUCGGACCCAGUUCCUUCUUCUGCUCUUACACCUCCCGACUCCCCCGACCCUGAACAAAACCUGGCUCCGGAGCUCUGGAAUCGUCUUCUUGUAGAUGUCUCGACCUAUCUGGGCGUGGAAGCGUCCCGUCGUUGCAAGAUAGAGGCCGUUGAUCACACGGGCAACCAGAACUACAACGGAAAGAGCCCGCUUUCCCUGUUCGCUCUCACCCAGGACCAGAUUCUGGUCUUAGACGAAGAAGUCGAAAAGGGCGAUUUCGUGUCGACGUACUUUAAGAAGCGUGGCAAUAGUAAGGCCAUUGCCUCGAGGGCAAGUGGGACAAGCCUUCUCCCCCAGUCUAGGGACGCCCACAGUGGUCGGAGCAGCCCUGCGGCGUCGAUACGUUCUGGUCCAGUCACCCGAGGUAGAGCUCAGCACAAGAGACCCGGUCGAAGCACAGGAGCCGUUGGUCUCCAGAACUUGGGCAACACCUGUUACAUGAAUUCCGCACUGCAGUGCGUCCGGAGCGUGGAGGAACUGACCAAAUACUUUCUCACGGCCGAGUAUGAAGAGGAGCUCAACACAGACAAUCCUCUUGGCUACCACGGCCAAGUGGCUAUCACGUACGGACGAUUGCUCAAGGAAAUAUAUCGCGAGUCAAAGUCAUCGGUGACUCCGCGUGAGUUCAAAUCAACCAUCGGCCGGUGCCGUAGCACUUUCUCCGGUUGGGGCCAGCAAGAUUCUCAAGAAUUUCUUGGUUUCCUCCUGGACGGCCUCCAGGAAGACCUAAGCCGUAUCAAGAAGAAACCCUACAUAGAGAAACCGGAUUCGACCGAUGACAUGAUCGGGAACGAAGCAGCCAUACGUGAGAUGGCCGAGAAGGUGUGGGACAUCACCCGGAAGCGCGAUGAUUCGGUCAUUGCCGAUCUCUUUACCGGCAUGUACAAAUCAACUCUGAAGUGUCCCGUCUGCCACAAGGUCAGCAUCACCUUCGAUCCUUUCAACAACCUGACUUUACCCCUCCCUAUCGAGGAGUUGUGGAGCAGGACGGUGAAGUUCUACCCCUUGAACGAUCGCCCAGUACAGCUUGACAUCGAACUGCCGAAGCAUAGCUCGAUGGAACGGCUCAGGACAGCUGUUUCGGAGAAGACGGUGGUCCCCAUCGACCGCCUUCUGGGUGGCGAGGAGUUCAAGGAUAGGUUCUUCAAGAUCUACGAAGACCAUGAGGAUGUGUGCGAUGUCAUCCAGCCCAACGAUAUCGCCACAUUCCACGAGGUCGAAGCGGUGCCGACGAACUGGCCGAGAAAGCCGCCCGGACGUCGCUCCAUGCUCGAUAUCGACGAGGAACCGUUUGCCGAUCCGCGAGCAGAGCGAAUGGCAGUGCCCGUGUUCCAUCGUCGGAAAACUCCAACGGCCAUGCGUUUUAACCGAGAAGAUGUUACAUGCCCGCCGCAUUUCAUCGUGCUGACCCGGGACGAGGCAUAUAGCGAGGACGCCAUUCGCCGCAAGAUUCUCGAGAAAACCGCGACGUUUUCGACCUCGUUAAUGUUCGCAGAUGACUCGACCACAGAUACCGACACGGCCAUGGUGACGCAAUCCGAUGCCGAUUCCUCUGGGGACAGUAAGAUUAUGGUCCACUCAGUCGAGGGCGAAGAUGAUAUGGUCGAGGUAUCCAUGCCCAAAGCAUGCGGCCGCCCAGCCAGCGAGAAGCUUCCCAGGCAAUACAAUGCGCAGCGCCCUAAGUGGGUGAGCCGAAAGCACCACUUGCCUGCCCAACUCCAAAACCUGUUUGAGUUGUCGUUCCUCCAGGACCGUUCUGGCGACCCUUUGCCGUCUGGUUGGCACUGCUUUGACGAUAAGCGGGAAUUCCCUCGGCUUUCCACGAGAGCACCCGCCGACUCCCCAAGCGAACAGGACGCCAAUAGUCCCGGUGCAUGGACUAAUGGUGCUGAUUCCGAUAACGAAAGUAACAGCGACCAGCAGUCACCUGCAACGGCAUCCGCGGCGACCGUCUCUGCGCAGACUCGCAUGAAUGACGAAUCUAGCGAUGAUGGCGACGUCCCCAUCAAGCCCCAUUUUCGAAACCAGCGUCCGGCCCAGAGAAUCGCUGGAGGCAGGAAGAAGGCCAGACAUCACCGGAUGCAAGGCGGCAAGAAAGGAGGCGUUAAGCAUCGAAACAAGGAAUGGAAGGCCAAGAUGGAACAGGCUCAGCCAGUCGACGUUCCGCCACAGCCAUCGCCCUUGGACGAUGUUCCUGGUCCUCUGGUUCGCCUGCACGAGGGCAUCGUAGUGGACUGGAGCCAGGAAGCCUGGGAUGCAGUCUUUGGGGGCGGUGAUGACCAGGGGAGUGCGACGUUUUUCCAGUUGGAGCAAGUCAGGGACCCGGUGCUGGAACAGCGACGUAAGAAGCGCCAAGCCCGGAGCAACAAGGGCAUCACACUGGACGAGUGCCUCGACGAAUUCGAGAAGGCCGAGAUUCUCUCGGAGCAGGACAUGUGGUACUGUCCUCGCUGCAAGGAACACCGUCGUGCCAGCAAGAAAUUCGAUCUCUGGAAGACGCCGGAUAUUCUUGUCGUCCAUCUCAAGCGGUUCAGCUCUUCAGGUUACCGCCGUGAUAAGCUCGACGUCAUGGUGGACUUCCCCAUACAAGACCUUGACUUGCGGAACCGCGUCCUCUACCAAGAGGAUGGCAAAGAAGAGAUAUACGACCUCUUCGCUGUUGAUGAGCAUUUCGGUGGCCUCGGCGGUGGCCACUACACCGCCUGGGCCAAAAACUUCAUCGAUGGCCGGUGGUAUCAUUUCAAUGAUUCCUCAGUCUCGCCUGGUCAAGCAGAGAGUUCCGUUACCAAGGCGGCGUACCUGCUCUUCUAUCGACGCCGGUCCGACGGUCCCCUUGGCGGGCCGCGGUUUCGGCAGAUUUGCGACAAGUUCGACAACCCGACCGAAGACGAUGAUGACGAAGCAGAACAAGAAAUGGCCGACGCGGGGGAAGGUCGGCGUCUCGGCGACGGCUCCUCCCCUCUUGGGUCGUCGAGACCUGGGCUCGCAGCAGGAGCAAUUCACCCGGAAGCCGGUCGUGGUUCGGCUCGUAGCGCCACAGUCACGCGCGGGGACGAUGAGGACGAAUUGCUGUCUUUUGAGGGCAGCUCUUCCACGAACGUCGGUAGCGACGUGAUGCAGACUAGCAUCGAGGGAGACAGGCAUACUGGUGGUGGCUUUCAGCCCACUCAGGGCUGGAGCUUCCAGUCGCUGGACGCCAGCCACCCGCCCUCGCUUGGUCUCGAGGACUAUGCCAGCGAUGAUGCGCAGGCUGAUUCGGAUGGUCCGGAUCUUCCCAGCCAAGGAAGCGAGGUGCCGUUCUUGCAGGACAGGUACGCGCCGUCGCCGAGCUGCGGGUCCGACAUGGGGGACCAGCCGCCGCCCCCGCCGGACGUCAACGCCCAAAUCGGACUUGCGGAUAUUCAAGCCACUGCCUGGGACCGCAAUGCCGACGACAGGGUCAUCGCGGUGCCGCCUGCAGAUGACGACGCCGCUUCCACUGAGGCAGCGGAGAUCCAUCUCACGGACGACGACCAGCAGCCGUCGAUGCCCCAUGCGGAGAAGCAUUGA